UCCUUUAAAAUCACAUCAAAUUGAGAAUAGUGAUCGAAUCGUACCUUUCUUUGUCAUUCAAGAGCUUGCUUUCAUUCAUGAGAAGAUGAAUGUUAGAUAUGCAUAUUUUAAGGCUAGAAACGUUUUGCAGCCGACAAUGUCGAGUGGUGCAAACAACCAGGUGCUGUCAGCAACUCAGAUCAUUUGCUCUCUCCCUCUCUGACCAGCUUAUUGUUUGUUGCGUUAAUUAAAUAAUUAUUUAAAUUUUUUUGGGUUGUUACACCCCUUUUACUUUUUACGAUGGGUAUUCCUCGAGCUUUCCCUCAUUUAAAAAUGAGGAAAAAAUUAGUCCAUAUUUCCCAUUUUAAAAAUGCGAUCGUGGCACUAGAUGUGAUAGGGUAUGUAGUCAAAGGUCAUUACCGGGCGCUUAAAUCAUCAAAACUAGCAGACGACAACACCCUUCCCGACUCUACUUCGGCGAUUGUGUCGUCGGUGGAGGACAUUGUCCGAACUAUUAUUGAUGCCGGAUGCAUCGUCUAUCUCGUUGCCGAAAAAGGCAAAAGAACACGAGGCAAGGGCGAAGAAGCGAGAGAAUGACCUCGUCAAAGCAGAAUUCUGUUUCCAAUCUGGGAUGAAGAGAGAAGCGAAAAACUAUCUCGCACGUAGCACCGUCAUCGGCCCUACUAUCUUGGAUGGGUUGAAGGGCCUUGCCCAGAAGUAUCCCAAGUGCUUCUAUUUCGGGGCACUGUUUGAGGCGGAUUCUCAGCUGGGUUAUUUGGCGCAAAAAAAUUUAGUGGACCUGGUCAUCAGUCACGACUCUGACAUGAUGCUCUUUGGCUGCCCAAAGGUAUUAUUUUCAAUGAACACGAAAGGAUGGGGAAAUUACUACGAGACGGCCGAUAUCCCCGCUGCCCUGGGAUGGGUGGACUAUCACCAUGAGAAGUUCGUGAAGAUGAUGAUUCUUGCAAAGUGUGACUAUGUCAAAAACAUCCCCGGAAUCGGCAUAGCCAAGGCGCAACAAGUUAUUGAUGCAACAAAUGAUUUCUCCAUAAAAUCGAUCUUAAAGACUGUUAUGAGACUCUACCCAAAGUCUGUCAUUCCAGAGGACUAUGCCAAGGAUUUUGAGGAGGCGUACCUCACGUACUUAUAUUCUGCCGUCAUCGAUCCGAUCAAGAUGGAAUCAGUACGAAUCUCGACACCACCACCCACACUCACCGAAGAGAAUCUUCGUUUCGCCGGUCGCCAUCAUAAUAAGAUUGACACAACGGACAUUGUCCUUGGAAAUAUAUAUAUCAACACCGGACUCCCAUCUCGAAUUGUGACUGACACAUCCAACCUUGACAAUAUUUUCCCCCCAGAAUCAUUCUUCCACUCCAAAUAUAUUGCCAAAAAAGAAGUACUGGAGUUUGACAUCGAAGAGAUUUUGGAAGGACAAUGUCCGGAGGAGGACGAAGAAGAUGAGGAGCGACCCAAAGAAUAUCCAUGUCCCGACUGCGACAAGAUUUUCGAUUGCUUUUCUGAUUUGGUUCGCCACUCCGUCGUCCAUUCCAACGCCAAGCCAUUUUCGUGUCAAUUGUGCAAACGAUGUUUUAGUUUCGCUGGUUCCUUGAGUUGCCACAUGCUUAUCCACGAGGGACUCAAAAAAUUUAAAUGCCAGGAAUGUGGCUUGUCCUUUAGCGUGAAGCGGAUUCUUGACAUGCAUAAUGCUGUACACAUUGAGGCAAGGCCCUUUAAGUGUGACCAGUGCGAGAAAUCCUUCAAGACCUAUGUAACUCUUUACUCACACAAAUUUGUUCAUACCAAUGAACGACCCUUUAUAUGCGAUGAAUGUGGUUCAUCAUUCAAAUUUGUUAAGAAACUAUUGACGCAUAUAUCUGAAGUCCACCUCGGGAUAAAACCCUUUAAAUGUGGUGACUGCGGCAAUGCCUUUGCACAAAAAACACAAUUGGACCAACAUAUUACGGCAAUACACAAGAAAGAAAAUCCAUACAUAUGUGAUGUUUGCUCCAAGGCGUUUAAUGACCCUUCAACUCUGAAAGAUCACAAGGCGACGCAUAGUGAGGCUAAGCCAUACAAAUGUCCGGUGUGUCCAAAUAGUUCUUACAAGACGAGUAAUAAUUUACGGAGACACAUAAGAUUCAACCAUUCGGACCUUUACAAUCAAACAAAGAAAAGGAACAAGGCCACAAAACGACCAUCUACCACCACCCCCGCGGUGGCGUUGCCCAAGAAGAAAAUGGCGUUGGGGAAGAGCAGUGUUAUCAACAAGCUCUACAAACUGAGUCCCCAAUUGGCACAGUUGAUGGGGCAGUCGACGAUGAGUCAAGCCGACAUUGUCAAGAGAUUGACAGACAUUGUUGAAGAACAGCAGUUGUACGACCCGCACAACCAACUAUUUGUGAUUGGAAAUCGUGACCUUCUCAACCUUCUAGGAGUUCAACGGUUCCGGCUUUCUUCCAUUUUUGACCUUGUUGGAAACCAUUUGGAAUAAUUUUUUUGCCCGAGUACUAUUUAAUCAUUUAUCUCUUAUGACUUUAAAAAAAUUGAAAUUAAUUAACCUGUUAGAUUUAAAUAAAACUUUGUUAGUUUCUAGAUUGAAUUGUCCAAUACAUCAAUACUUUUGUAACUAUUAAUGCGUCAGGAAUUGAAAUAGAAAAUUUUUUCAUAGGCAAUGCCAUUUGAGAGAACAUUGAGUUUUAGUGGGUAAAAACUUA